AUAUGGACCUUGUCCAAGAUGUGGCGAUAUAUUCGCAACAAACCAAAAAUUCAACAACUGUGCCAGUUUCUAGCUCUGAGCCCUUGUCUAAUUUAGAUUCGCAAUUUCAAGUAAUAAAAGAUCCUAAUGCUAGAAAAUCAGAUAAGUCUGUUAAACAAUGGGGAUCGAGAUUACGAAAAAAAGUCAAAGAAUUAGGUAACAAGGAUCGUG